GAGAAAGAGAGAGAGAGAGACGUAUGGCACUUCUCCGACGGAGAGUCAAGUCGGUGCGUAAGAACUGAAGUUUAGCACGCAGCUGCGCAACUUCGUAGGAACCUCGGCAACGGCACCGAUCUCUUCAAGUGAGGACACGAAAACAUAAACAGUGAGGGAGAGAGCGGACGGAAAAUAGUUUGUAUGGCACCUCAGUCGUGCGUAAUGAAUCCUGCGCAGGGAUCACCGCCCUCGGCUUCUCCUGGGGAGCCCUCGCCAGAGGACAGAGCCGCUGGCAGCAUGGGAACUGACGAGCUAGACCUGUCACCUGUCAGAAGACGUAAAAGCAAGAGUUCAGAUCUGCCUUUCAGCGUGGAGUCCCUCAUGUCAGCCAGGACUCCGUGCAGAAGUCUCCACUCCCCUGAGGCUGGCUCGGGCUGCGUCCGGGUGGAGGAGACCGAGUGUGCGUCACCGAGGGAAUUUUAUCUGUCCACAGCGGAGGCGGUGGAUCUCAGUGACAAGGAGACGAGCACCUGGGUCCAGGCUCCCUACGCAUCCCCUACAAGACUUCCCAGCCCGACCCCAUGCAACCUACGGAAACACAAGAACAACAGGAAACCCAGAACUCCUUUCACAACCUCUCAGCUGCUUUCUCUGGAGAGGAAGUUCCGUCAGAAACAGUACCUCUCCAUCGCGGAGAGAGCCGAGUUCUCCAGCUCCCUCAGCCUCACAGAGACACAGGUCAAGAUCUGGUUUCAGAACCGCAGGGCCAAAGCCAAGAGACUGCAGGAGGCCGAGCUUGAGAAACUAAAGCUGGCCGCGAAGCCGCUGCUCCCGGCCUUCGCCUUUCCUUUCCCCCUGAGCGCACCAAUGGGCGCACCGGCCCUGUACGGUACCCUGAACGGACCGCGGCCUGCCUUACCCGUCCCGGGACUAUUCGGUGGACCAUAUGGGAUGUACUACUUGUCUUAACUCUCACUAACUUUAAGCUGCUUCUCUGAGAAAGCUGCCUUUAAAAUGCUUUCAAAUAAUAUUGCAAAAAAUGUCCAUCUUAUGAACCAUCUUGCUCAUAUUUAAUCUGAUGUCAGAAAAUAUAUAUAUUUUCGUUAUAGCGAAAGAUCUAAUGGUGCGAGAAUAAUAUUUUACGCAAAUAAUAAUAUUUUUUUAUACAAAUAUGCUGAUGGAACCGUCUGGUAAUAGUCUAAAGUUAUUUUCCCUCGCUUGUCAUUUUCAGAAAUUCUCUUUCUCUUUUAGCAGUCAUUUAAAAUUUACAGUAAAUUAUUUGUUAACAUUUUACAGUGCGUUCUGUAAAACAUUGUUUUUUUGUUUUGUUUUGUUUUUUUCAUAGCGAAGUUUCCCUGCGCUCAUUUAAGGAUUAACUUCUCAGAUUUAAUUUGUACGUUUCUGUUCCUGAAAUAUUUUGCAAGCAAUUUUAUUGUCCAGACAGAAGAUGGUUAUUUAAAGGCCUGUAGCUUUGGGCUGAAAGCAAUAACUCAAGAGGAGCCACUGAAGGACCCAUGUGGAUAUUUUUAUUUCCAUUCCAGAGGCCUUGGAGAUUUUCUCACCUUUAAAGCACAGUUUCAAGUUUGGUGCUGUAAAACACUGAAUUGCUUCAAUAUUUAAGAGUUUACAUUGAUGGUUUUCCAUAUGUUUGCUCCAGUUCUGCCCACCUAUUGAAAACACAUCACUCUUCCUCACAGUUACACUUGGUGACGUUUUAGUUCAAAAAUAUGAUUUUUUUCCCCCCUCAAUAGUUUAUUGAGAAAUAACACCGAUUACUUUCACAUUUUGGUACUUUUCACAGAUUAUAAAAACAAUCUGGUAAUAAUCUGUUAGUAUUGGUUAAUGUUGGGAGUAUUUUUGAACUAAAAUAAUAAAAAAUAACACUUAUGAACUGAGGUAGAAGUCCCUAAGCAAAUUAAAACUCUGGGAACACUCUUUUUGUGUUAUCUUAAAAACCUAACUGAUUAAACAUCGACUAAUAGCAGAGUCAGACUUAUUUUAUAACAUAAAGUAACCAAACAAGCCUGCCUGGUGCAAAAUCUGUAACUCCAACAUUCAACAUAAUGUAACAAAUACAGAUAUUAUCCGUAUUUACAAUAAGUGAGUCAUAUGUACAAGUGCAUAUAGAUUAACAGAUCCAUUUGCUACCACACAAAGAUCAUGAAACACACUAUGAAAUGCUCAUUGGUGCCUUAUUGCUGUUGUAAUAAAAUCUGUCUGUAAAUUCUAAUUUUGAGCUUUCAUUUUCAAAAUAUGUUUACUGAACAGCAACGAACCAUUAGAUCUUUAAAGGCGAAAUAACAUCAUCUAGAGCACAUGAUUUCCUAAUCGUAACAAAUCAGCUAUAAAUCGGCUUUAUCGUUGUCGUUACCUCAAAGGAGAAUGUUUUUUGCACAGAUGCUACAGAGCUCUCGAGUCAGUUCAUUCCUAAAUGUAAAUAAAAGUCCGGGUUUAUUUUUGCAGACACUCAAAGUGCUAAAAAUCUGUCAUUUAUGUACAGUGUAUUUUAUAUUUCAUGGGUGAAAAUGUGUUUUGUACAAUUAUUAAAGUCUAUAAUGUAAAUUCUG